CUGUGGAAAACUGUUGCAUCUGAUGAUCAGCUCACUAUUAACAAAGACAACUUACAUACAAUAUUGAAACAUGCAAGAUGCAUAGAAGUAUUUGCAAUCAGCUAUCCAAUAUUACACAUCCCACCUGCCCAUAUUGAUUUUGCUCUAACUGUACAGUUAUUAGAAGCUAAAAAGUUACAGUAUCUGUCUUUGACAGGUUGGCCAGUAUCAACUCUAGCAUUCAUUGAAAGUGUGAAAAACACCCUAGAAACCGUGGAACUAAACUUUUGUCCAAACUUAGUUGAUGAAGAUAUCGAAAUAUUGUCUGAAUGUACAGAUCUGAGAUUACUGCAAAUCUGUUAUUCUGUACAACAAUUUCACUUUGAAACAUUGCUGGACAUUGUAAACAACCUUCACAAAUUAGAAGCUCUUUAUCUUGAUGAAAGCAUUGAACUUACAUUCAGUCAAGUUGUACAACUCUUGGAAAUGAGACCAGUCAGUAGACUAAGUGUCUCCUUAAAUGUGACAGUGAGUGAUUUAGAAACAAGAGCUCUAAAGACUCAUUAUGUUGACUGUGAUUUGAGAUUGAUUAGAAAGAAGAUAAUAAGAGAAAUAGUUUAA